CUGUUUCCACUCAACUCCAUUAGCAAUUUCAACAAUUCAAGCCCCAAAAUUUACCCCUUCUUCUCUCCCAAAGUGCCAACAAGACUAAAUCAGCCAUGGCGCUCCAUAACGAAGAAGAAGAAGAAGAAGAACCCCACGUCCUAAUGGUAGCAUUCUCAGCGCAAGGACACCUCAACCCAAUGCUCCGACUCGGCAAACGCCUAAUCUCCCACGGCCUCCACGUCACCAUCGCCACCACCCACCUUCAACCCGGCCGCCGCCUCUUCAAACCCUCCUCCUCCUCCACCACGGCCCGCGACAUCGAGUUCCUCUUCUACUCCGACGGCCUCGACGGCCGUAAGGUCGACCUCGACACCUUCAUGGACUCCUUGUCCCAACACGGGCCCACCAACCUCACCAAACUAAUCCACCAAAAUUACCAUACCGCCCCCGCGGACGCUAACAACAGCACCGGCACCCGCAAAACGCGGCGGCGGCGGCGGCUUUGCUGCAUAGUCAGCAACACUUUCGUCCCCUGGGCAGCCUACGUGGCACACGACCUCGGUAUCCCCUGCGCCAUGCUCUGGAUCCAGCCUGUCGCUCUCUACGCCGUCUACUACCGUUACUACCGCAACCUGAACCCGUUCCCUACCUUAACGGACCCCGACCUGACCGUCAACCUGCCCGGGCUGCCCCCGUUGCGAACCGAGGACCUCCCGUCCUUCGUCCUGCCCACCAACACCUUCGGCGCGUUCUCCAAGCUGUUCUCCGAAAUGUUCGGAGCCAUGGAGAAGCACGCGUCGUGGGUUUUGGCGAAUUCGUUCCACGCGCUGGAGGCGGACGUCAUCAUCAACUCGUCGAAAGAUCUCUUCCCGGUCGUCCCCGUGGGCCCACUCGUGGACCCCUCGCUUCUGGGGAAGGGAGAAGAGGAGGAAGCGGACGGGGCGGUCAACCUGUGGGAGGUUGACCACUCCUGCAUGGAAUGGCUUGACGAACAAGCAGCCGGGAGCGUGGUGUACGUGUCAUUCGGGAGUCUCGCCACGUUAUCGGCCGACCAGUCGGCCAGCCUGGAGAUGGCUCUGAAGGAAGGGAGGUGGCCGUUCGUUUGGGUGGUGAAGGGGACGGAGGCCGGGGAGCUGUCCUCGUCGAGCGGAGGAGGACAAGGAAUUGUGGUGGCGUGGGCCCCACAGACGAAGGUGCUGGCACACCGGGCGGUGGGAUGUUUCGUGACGCACGGCGGGUGGAACUCCACUUUGGAGGCGGUGGCGGCGGGGGUGCCGAUGGUGGUGUAUCCUCAAUGGUCGGACCAGCCGACCAACGCGAAGCUUGUGGAGGAUGUUUUUGGGGUGGGAGUGAGGGUUAGGGCAAAUGGAGACGGGAAGAUAGUAAUUGGGAGUGAGGAGAUGGGGAGGGCUAUACGGGAGGUUAUGGAUGGCCCGAAGUCGGAGCAGAUUAAGGGUAACGCGAGGAGGUUGAAGAUAGCGGCGGGGGAAGCCGUGGCCGGCGGCGGAGAAGGGACGUCGGAGGUGAGUGUGAGGAAGUUUGUGGACGAGAUUAUUGGGAGGUCGUGUUCUUCGAGUGGGCCAUGUUGUGGUAGGGAAGGGAUUAGUUAAAAGAAGUGGCGAGUAUUAUUUGGAAAAUAACGGUGUACAUAAUGUGUAUUUGUAUGUGCAUAAUAAUGUGUAUAAGAAAAAUAUACAUCUCACAACAAAGUAAUUAGUCGGUGUUAAAGUUUUAUUCCUCAUAUCGCGGGACAUUCCAUAUAGAGUCGGAGUGCAUGGUUUAUAUGAUCGUAUAAACUACUUAUUCUGACUGUUGUAAUUGAUGGAUUGUCCAAACAUAAUGAAUUAUCAGUUAAAGA